GUGGGACCUCUGGUAAACCUUUUAACCUCCCAGGGCCUCAGUUUCUGCAUCAGUAAAACGAGGGGGUCGGUCCCGGAGGUUCUCGCCGGCUCUUUCCAGCUGUGGGUCAUGGCCUCGAGAGCAGCCUCCUAACCGCGGUCUGGUUACGAAGGGGGCCGGGGCAGGAGGCGCCCCACGAGGCUGGCGAGGAGAGGGGCGGGGUGAAGGGCGGAUGCCUCGAGAAAGCCGAAACAAACAAAAAAUGGCCAUUCUGGAGUAACUUGUAGAUGUGACGGAAAAGCUGAGCCACGAUUUGGAUCUGGGUUCCAAGCCGGGGGACAUCACAAUUCCGCCGAGGGUGACAGCGCGCCGGGCGUCCUCCCCGCCCCCCGGCUGCCGAUCCACUAGGGAGCAGGUAGAUUCCCCACUUCUCGGCGAGGACAGGGCGGUUCUCCUAUCGCGAGAGUUAAACGCUCGUGGCCUGGGGGAGUAGCCCGGGAAACUGGCUUAUGGUUGCCAGGGGAACAGCAUUCUCGAAUUCGCUGGGGGUGCUGGUCCCGAGAGAAGCGGAGGCGAAGACGCAGAAGGCCUCUUCCGCGGAGAAAGUCUGUCACGUAGUGUGGCAACAGGAAAGGUUCUGUCUGCGCUUCGCACCAGAUUACGUUACGUGCACAACUGCUGGGGACUAAAUCGUGUAUCUGUGAAUUCAGAGGAUUUCAAUGGAUAUUAUAAGAGGAAACUUGGAUGGAAUUUCACGACCAGCAUCAAAUUCAAGAAUUCAUCCUGAGAGCAGAAGUUCAAGUGCUUCUUUGGAAGUCUUGACACCAGAACCAGUGUCUAUUAAGGUUGAUACUUCAAUCAACUUGAACAGUAGUAGCCAGCAGAGCAAUACAGAAAAUUACAAUUUCAGGGAAAGUAGCAGCAUUAAUGGUAAGAAGGAACAUGAUACUCAGAAGGUUGACCACAAUUUACAUGAACAGAUCAAGGCUUCUUGCACUGAGUAUUCAGAACUUAAUUCCAGUAUGAUUGCUUCAGAAGAUGAAUAUGAAGUUCAGUAUUUCACUCUCUUUGACAUGCCUAAGGAUAUCCUAAGCCAAGUGAAAGAAGAUGUUUCCAAAAUAAAAGAAUCAGAUCUUCAACUUCAGGAAGCUAUUAAAAAGAUGAAGAGACUUGACAAACUAUUGGUGGAAAAACAAUUUAAAGAAAGAGAAAUAAAAAAGCAAGGCCAAGAAAUGAGAACAAAGCUGUGGGAAGAACUUCGGAUUAUCAAAAAUUUUGAUGCUGUACAGAGUAAUGAGGAGAUAGAAAAUACCAAAAAAUUUGUGACUCUGGCUACCUCUUCAGAAGAGACAACUGAGUGUGUUCACCUGGAACAAGAGGAACCCUUCGUUUCUGUGUUUCACACGCAAAUUCCUCCAGAAGAAUAUGAAAACUGUAUUGAGCAAGCCAGGCAAGAGUCUGCAUAUCAAAGUGAAAGUAAUAAAUCAUUGAUCAAACCAGAAAAGAAGCCACAGAGAGAAAAUUAUGGUGAACUCAAGGGUAAAAAAAAUCAGGAUUUCAUUAAGAGAAAUAUAGAGCUGGCUAAGGACUCAAAAAAUGUAGUCUUUAUGAUGGAUAAAGAAAAAAGAAGAUUGAUUGAAUUAUUAAAGGAUAUAGACAAUGGAGAAGAUACACUUCCAAGUACUGAGGAUGGUGAGUCUGCCUGGCUCAUACCAGAAAAAGGAUAUAUGUCUGCAGCACAUAUAGAGCGUGAGCAACUAGCUCAAAUAGAUUCCAGACUGCAAGAACAAUUCUUUUCAGCUUCCUUGGGGUUAUCCAAUGAUUUUUCAGGAGUGGACAAUCAAACUGGUCAGGAGGAAACUGUUCCUAAUGAUAACACACAAGUGAAAGUGACUCCAGGGGAUGAGGCACUUCGAAACACCAAAGAGCACCGGGAAGAAAAAAUUCGGCUCAAAGAAAUAGAUCAGCAGCUGAGAGAGUUGGAAGAAAAUUUCGCGAAAACACCACAAAUUCUCUCUGAAGAGCAGCUGAAGAUUCUUCUAGAAGAAUGCCUUUUAGAACAAAGAGCGGAAAAGGAGAACAGAAAUGCUGAUGGAUUACAGGCUGAAUCUAUCCAGCCUUCCAUAUCCUUCAUCUCUCAGUUGCUAAAUAUGUCACCAGAUCUCAGCAGUCCUGAGGUUGAGAAUGAAGAUGUCCUUGAAAACAGAGAAUGUGAAACACCUGGCUAUUAUCUUACCAAAACAUUGGGUGGCCAACAUCAUAUAGCAGAAUUUUUGGUCACUGAGACAAAGGAAGAGGAGAGACCCAGGUCUACAGGGGAUGUAGCUUCUAGUGACGUAGAAGGUUACUUUAUGUCAAAAACCCUUGGCAUUGGAAGGCUGAAGAGGCCUUCUUUCUUGGAUGAUCCUUUAUACUGCAUCACUGUAGACAGCAGCCAAUCAUCUGAAGAUGAGCAUCUGAAAUUGAUUGAUUGUCCUACUGAAAGUCCAUCAAAGCCUGAUGAAUUAACGACAGAAAACAAGACAGAAGAGGAAGACAGAGACUCCUAAGGAAAACAAGUUGCUAAGAUUUACUUUAGACUAUUAGUUAAUCCAGUUAAAAGGCAUGGUUUUUUUUGCCCAUUGGAUUGACUUACUAAACCAUUGAAUUCAGUGAAGGCCCCCCUCAGUGAUGAAUGUAUUGGUGUCAUUUCAUCUCCAUUUGUUUGUGAAAUUAAUUCAUUCACUCUUUUUGACAUUCGUAAUUUAAGCAUGUGAAUUUUUUCACAGAUGUCUUCUUUGAUUGUUAAUUUUACACACACAAAUGGGCUGAAUGCAGGAACAGACAUAAUUUUUCAGCGUCCUUUCCUUUCCUGGAAUUUAAAAUGUGGCCAUUGUUUCAUAUAUUUUAAUUUUAAGUGAAUUUCAACCUCA